AUCAGGCAGUAGUAAGUGUGCCGGACGGGCCGUGGACAGGCGGCGGAACAGUGAACUAUCAGCGGUGUAAUUCGAGCGGGAGAUGGCAGCAUCGCGGCACUCCUUUUUUUAGCUGCGACUGGUAGGCGGUGCAGUUGGGUGCCGAACGACGAGCGAGCCAGCGAUCAGAUGCCGUGUGCGGAGGAGGUCUGACCGCUGUGUAUCCGCGCGAGAUCCACCGAUUUGACCCAACCUGCCUGGCACGAGUGGCCAGCGUGUGCAGCCGACGGCCACGAGGCAAGCCCGCCCGGGCGGCCCCUCCGUGCGGCCAGCGAGUCGGGCCAGCGGCCGAUCCGGGUCACUCUCGGCGGCACCGGAAGAGAAAGUCUUCGGGAUAGAGGUCACUCGAUAAGAUAAGCGCAUGGGAAAGUGGCGGCGGCCGCAGCAGCUGGCCGCACAGGCCGAUGCCUGGCUGAAGGAGCGCGCCGACGACGAUGGCCGGCCCGUCGACCCCGCCGCCGACGACGACGAGGAGUUCCAGUGCGGCCUCGGCCGGUGGGCGCCGAGCUGGAUGCAGGCUCUCGCCUCCAAGCAGGCCUUCCUCGUUGUCUUCUGCGUCACGUGGGUGCUGCAGGGCAUGUACUACACCUACUUCGUCUCGGUCAUCACCACCAUCGAGAAGCUCUUCCAGAUUCAGUCCAAGACCACCGGACUAAUCAUGAGCGCCACUGAGAUCGGACAGAUCGGCAGCUCCCUGCUGCUCACGUACUACGGCGGCCAGGGUCACCGACCUAAGUGGAUCGCUUGGGGCAUGGUGCUCUUCGCCGUCUCGUCGUUCAGCUGUGCCCUUCCGCACUUCAUUUUCGGCGAGCAGCUGCUGCGUUCGUCCUCGAACGCGAUUCCCUUCCAGAACACGACGCUGCCGUCGUCGGCGUUGGCGACGACGUCGGCGGCCAGCCAGCGGGCGCAACUGCUGCUGGCACCGCUGCCGCCCGAUUUGUGCCUGGCGCGCGACACCAACGUAACGUCGACGCCGUGGCUCGAAAAGGAGCGCGUCCUCUGUGAGUCUGAGGAGACGCGCGACUCGCAACGUCUGCACUCAAAGAUCACGGCCGUGGUGCUGGCCAUUCUUUUCGUCUCGCUGCUGGGCGUCGGCAUGGGCCAGACGGCCGUCUACACGCUUGGCAUCCCCUACAUCGACGACAACGUCGCCUCCAGAGAGUCCCCUCUCUACUUUGCCAUCACCAUCGGCGUGCGCAUCUUGGGCCCUGCGCUGGGCUUCAUCCUGGGCUCGUUUUGCACACGGCUUUACGCCGACCUGAGCGUCGACCCGCCCGUCACGCCAAACGACCCCAGAUGGGUAGGUGCCUGGUGGCUGGGACUGGUGCUCGUCGGUGCCCUCCUCAUGCUUGCGUCGGCCGCCAUGGCCAUGUUCCCGCGCCGCCUGCGUUCGGCGCGCCGCCCGCCACAGUCCGUUGCUGCCAUAUCGGGGCCGACUGCGCCCGCACAACCAGAACAGAGAAAAUACCCUAGCCUUAGAGAUUUUCCAAAAGCCGUGAAGCGGCUUCUACGCAACGAUAUCCUGAUGUUUCGCACAGCGAGUUCGGUAUUGCACAUUUUGCCCAUUGCCGGCCUCUACACCUUCCUGCCCAAGUACCUCGAGUCGCAGUUUCGGCUAGCGGCGCACACGGCCAACAUGGUUUCUGGGGUGGGCGGCAUUCUGGUGAUGGGUCUCGGGAUCAUCAUCAGUGGCGUCUUCAUCCUGCGCGUCAAGCCGAACGCGCGCCUCGUCGCGGCGUGGAUCGCGUUCACGGCCGUCGUCUAUGCCAUCGGCAUGGGCAUCCUCAUGUCCAUUGGCUGCCCGAUGGACGACUUUGCGGGGCUCGACCGCGCCAACGGCGUUUUCAUGCCCGAAUGUUCGACGUGUGACUGCAACCCGGACAAGUUCGGACCGGUGUGCGGCGCCGACGGCCGCACCUACUUCAGCGGCUGCCACGCCGGCUGCUCCAGCGUGAACAUGACGGACGGGAAAUUAACAGGGUUUGGGCAAUGCUCGUGCGUGCCGACUCUGGACAAUUCUACGAUGACAGAGGUGUCGAUCGGCUACUGCCCGCUGCAGUGCUCCAAUUUCGUUUGGUACAUAGUGCUCUUCUCGCUGUUCGUGUUCGUGCACUCGACCUCGGAGGUGGGCUCGAUGCUGCUCAUCCUGCGCUGCGUUGACCCGCGUGACAAGGCCAUGGCGCUCGGCCUCAUCCAAUUCGCCAUCGGCCUGUUCGGCAACGUGCCCUGCCCGAUCGUGUACGGCGCCGUCGUCGACUCAGCUUGUCUCGUGUGGGACACAGCGUGCGGCGAGCGUGGCGCCUGCUGGCUCUACGACGCUGACGUCUUUCGCGUCUUUUUCCACGGCACUACGGGUGGGAUCUUGCUGUGCGCCUUUUUGGUUGACCUGAUCGUUUGGUAUAAGGCGGGCAGCAUCUCGUUCGUGGAGGAGACCGGCGAAGAGGAGGCCGAGUCGUCGAACCACGAGGAACUGAGCCCGAUGGCGGCCGAGACCAGCGUCUAAGACUGCGAGUGCCAAUAAUUGAUAAUCUGUCUAUCUCUCACUUGUGAUACGCGGACUGACUCUGCUGUGUUUGUUGUUACUGCAUUUUAAGACAAGAGACGUGCUAACCACUCAAAAAAAUUAAAGCUCGCCUUGUGGGGCGUUAAAAAUUGGCUGGGAAGCACAACUGCAA